GGGGCGGGGCGGGAGCGCCUGGCCACGCGCCGCAUCCUGCAGGGAGCACACAGAGCCGCCUUUCAGCCGCCAAAGUAGGGCCCGCCGCACUCCGCGGCUGCCGCGCCUGCCCUCGGGCCGGGGUCUGCGCGCACCACGCGGCCGGCGGGAAGGAUAAGAGAAGGGAACCCCGCUUAGCAGGGCUCCAACUUCAGCGGACGCGUUCCGGCGAGGGCGAAAUGAGUCGGCCGUGAAGGUUUUUCCUGUUCCGAAUCCCGAGAGCCCUGGAAAGUUUUGAAGGAGGAGGCAUGGCCGGGCAGCCUUAUCGUUUUCCCCAGGCAAGGAUACCGGAGAGAGGAUCAGGUGAUUUCAGGUUAACCGUCAGAAAUGCAAUGGCACAUCAUGAUUCUGAGAUGAAAGAAGAAUGUCUAAGGGAAGACCUGAAGUUUUACUUCAUGAGCCCUUGUGAAAAAUACCGAGCCAGACGCCAGAUUCCAUGGAAACUGGGUUUGCAGAUUUUGAAGAUAGUCAUGGUCACCACACAGCUUGUUCGUUUUGGUUUAAGUAACCAGCUGGUGGUUGCUUUCAAAGAAGAUAACACUGUUGCUUUUAAGCACUUGUUUUUGAAAGGAUAUUCUGGUACAGAUGAAGAUGACUACAGCUGCAGUGUAUAUACUCAAGAGGAUGCCUAUGAGAGCAUCUUUUUUGCUAUUAAUCAGUAUCAUCAGCUAAAGGACAUUACCCUGGGGACCCUUGGUUAUGGAGAAAAUGAAGACAACAGAAUUGGCUUAAAAGUCUGUAAGCAGCAUUACAAGAAAGGGACCAUGUUUCCUUCUAAUGAGACACUGAAUAUUGACAACGACGUUGAGCUCGAUUGUGUUCAAUUAGACCUUCAGGACCUCUCCAAGAAGCCUCCAGACUGGAAGAACUCAUCAUUCUUCAGACUGGAAUUUUAUCGGCUCUUACAGGUUGAAAUCUCCUUUCGUCUUAAAGGCAUUGACCUACAAACAAUUCAUUCCCGUGAGUUACCAGACUGUUACAUCUUUCAGAAUACGAUUAUCUUUGACAAUAAAGCUCACAGUGGCAAAAUCAAAAUCUAUUUUGACAGUGAUGCCAAAAUUGAAGAAUGUAAAGACUUGAACAUAUCUGGAUCUACUCAGAAAAAUGCUCAGUAUGUCCUGGUGUUUGAUGCAUUUGUCAUUGUGAUUUGCUUGGCAUCUCUUAUUCUGUGUACAAGAUCCAUUGUUCUUGCUCUAAGGUUACGGAAGAGAUUUCUAAAUUUCUUCCUGGAGAAGUACAAGCGGCCCGUGUGUGACACCGACCAGUGGGAGUUCGUCAACGGCUGGUAUGUCCUGGUGAUUAUCAGCGACCUAAUGACAAUCAUUGGCUCCAUAUUAAAAAUGGAAAUCAAAGCAAAGAAUCUCACAAACUAUGAUCUGUGCAGCAUUUUUCUUGGAACCUCUACACUCUUGGUUUGGGUUGGAGUCAUCAGAUACCUGGGUUAUUUCCAGGCGUAUAAUGUGCUGAUUUUAACAAUGCAGGCCUCACUGCCAAAAGUUCUUCGGUUUUGUGCUUGUGCUGGUAUGAUUUAUCUGGGUUACACAUUCUGUGGCUGGAUUGUCUUAGGACCAUACCAUGACAAGGAUGUAGAAGUGACUACAGGAUAUUGGAACAAGAACUGUACAAUACUAGAAAGCAUGUAUUAUAGUUGUCUGGGACUGGCUUAAGGGGUCACAUAGUUACCUGGUGAUCAUCAAAUGGGAAAUGUUUGGACAUGAGAUCACUAUAUUAAAAAUGAAAAUUAAGUGAGGGAAAUUAUUAUUAAAAAUUUCCAAUUUAAAGUAUUAUGUUUUUCAUCCAAGUUAAUUGAGAAGAAUGAAGAUGGGCAGAGACUGCCUAAAAUGACCAUAGUAGGUUUAUGAUAGAAAUGGUGACACGUCUUGUCUCCGCAGAUGGUUUUGAUUACAGCAUCAUCUUUCUGCCUUAUUAAAGAUCAGUAUCUGAAUUCUAAACUAUUACCAAACUUCAGUUAGCAUUAUAAUCUCAGGGACAUCAAAGUUGUGCUAAGAUGUUCUUGUUACAAAAUGAUACAUUUGAUUGGUAGAUGCAUCAGGAAAUGAAACUAGGUAAGCCUUGUUUUUAACCCAAAAAAGCAAAAGGAGUUAUUUUAUCUUAGGGCUUUUCCUCCAUUUGGGCCUGUGGCAGUUGGAACAACAGAAACAACAAAAAUAGCAGCAGCUAACACUUACUGCCUGUGUGUUAGACACUCUGCUGGGCAUUUGGGUGUUCUUUCUUAUUUACUCCCCACAACAACCCAGGAUACUGUUAGCCUCACUUAGGCGCUCUGCAAGGAGAAAGAGGUUAAAAAUGGUAAGUAUUCCUUCCAAGUUUGUUUACCAGUUCAGCCUUAAGUUUUGACCUUGUUAGUUGCAUUAACCAAAUCUGUGAUCAAAUCUGGUUUACAAACUGUUAUACAUGAAUCUGAAAGCUCCGUGCUGCCCUACCAGAAUAAUGCCGAGUAACCUGGCACACUCAGACUUUCUCCUUUUUAGGUGUCACAUUUAAUAUGUCUAGAGAGAAUUACUGUUUUUCCUAUUUGAGAUAUUAUAUAAUUAACAAAGUGACAACCUCUGGGUUGGUAGUAAAUCUUGAUAAUAUUGCUCUUCAUAUUCUAUGUCACUGCUGUAAAGGUGACUCAUGAGAAAAAAUUAUUCUUUUAUAUGAUCUCUCUGAUUUGGAGAACUUACUGUCUUAGAGCCUGGAAAAAUGUAUUUUUCUUCCUUGCUUGCCUCAUGCUCUGAAAGCUUUUCCACCUCUUUGUCACUAGAGGGCAGUGUUGCACCGUGUGGACUAAAUACUGUGCCUGAGGAUUUGGCUUUAAUUCACUGACCCCAAGGUCUGUGGACAAGUGGUCCCAUCUCCUUUGCACCCCAUCCCCGUCUCCCCUACCUCAUCAUUAUUCUGGAAGGUGCUCAGAUAAGAUUGCUUGAAUUUUACUAGAUGGCUACCUUUCUCAAGUGCUGUCUAUUAUGCAUGGUGCCCAAGAUUCUUCAUCUCCCUUGCUGUGUUAACCCUUCCCUCCUCUUCUCUGUGAAGAAAUCGGAUUGUUCUGUUACAGAGAAUAGGCACCUUAAUAUAUUAAAUAAUAUUCCUGAGAUUACCCAGCUAGAAAGUGGCAGAGAUGGGAUUCAAACCCAGGUCGGCCUGACUCCAGUACCUGUGCUUUGACCCAUACAUACCCUGUAGGGCUUUUCUUGGUAUUAUCUAAAACAGAUCAUUGCAAGAGAGCAUUUAAUCUGACAAGAAACAGUCUUGUACUUGGAGAUCAACCGUGAGAGGGCAGCCAUGUAAUCGGUCUCAUUCUUUCAAUGGUGUCAAUGUCACCUCAUGGAAAAUUAGGUUAUUUGUUUUAUGAGCCUGACUGCAUUUCCAUAUGUUCAAUUUGUCCUUUCAAAGGAUCCAGGUGAAACUGGGAUGCUCUGAGCCAGCACUGUCCAAGAAAAAUACAAUUUGGGCUACAAUUGAGAGCCUUGCCUAUACUGUAAAAUUUUCUAGUAGCUACAUUAAGAAAUAAAAAACAGAUGAAAUUAAUUUUAAUUACAUAUUUUAAGCCCAAUAUACCCAAAAUAUUAUUUCAGCAUGUAUUCAGUAUAAAAUAUUGAAAUAUUUUACAUUGCUUCAUACUAGUCUUUUUGAGCUGGUAGAUAUCUUAUCCACAUAGCACGUCUCAAUUUGGACUAGCUACCUAUUGGAUGCUGGCUAUUCACACAUUCCUGGUGACUACCAUUAUGGACAUUGCAGCUCUAGACUUAUGUCUUUCACUUAAUAUCAGCUUUCCCUUUAUACCCCUGGAGGAGGGGAGGGAUAAGGGAUGUCUUUAGGGUUGCCUGCAGGUCUGUUUAUGGCAUGUCUCACCAGGCUGAUAUAUUGGGGAAAUGCACAGCUGAGUUAAUUCACUGAAUGUACAAGUCAGUUGGGGGAGAGAACAUCAGUCUGGUUUUGGAAUUUUGUGCUUUUCUUCUCCAUAUUGCUGCCUCUUUGAAUCUGAAGUUAGAGUAUUUUAUUGCCCCUUGCAUCCUUUCCCCCAAAUUAGUCCAAGCUGUCAGUAUGUUCAGGUUCUGCCAGUAUCUGAAUCAGAGGACUUUCAGGUUACCCAAAGCCUUGAAAAGCUAGGCAUUCCAAGCGGGCAUUUUUGUAGGAUUUUUUUUUUUUUUUUUUUUUUUUUUAUUAUACUUUAGGGUUUUAGGGUACAUGUGCACAAUGUGCAGGUUUGUUACAUAUGUAUCCAUGUGCCAUGUUGAUUUCCUGCACCCAUUAAUUCGUCAUUUAGCAUUAGGUGUAUCUCCUAAUGCUGUCCCUCCCCCCUCCCCCCACCCCACAACAGUCCCCGGAGCGUGAUGUUCCCCUUCCUGUGUCCAUGAGUUCUCAUUGUUCAAUUCCCACCUAUGAGUGUAGGAUUUUUAGAAUCACAGCAACCUUGACUGUGAAAGCUAAUUCUUUAAAACAAAACAACUAAAAAGAAGACAUCAGGAAAAUCAUUUGGCUGAUAGCUGGGGUCCCAUAACACUUCAGCUUCCUGUCUUCCUGUUAGGCAUCUGAUUUCAGGGGCUCAAUGGAAAGGGAGUCAAGAUGCAAAAGGUUUCCUGCUGAUGUGUAUUCCCAGCACUAAUGGGCUUUGGCACAGUGCCCUUUCAAAAUGCCUGGGCACAGAGGGCGAGAGACUGUUGAUGUUCUUCCAAACCUCAUCUUGAAUUAUUAAACAUUACUCUAAUGUGGCUUUUACAUUUCCAGAGGACUUUUUUUCCUGUGAGGAAUAAAUCAUAGCCUUGCAUUGUCCCCAUUUUACAAAUGAAAAGACCAAGGCUUGAAAAGUUGUUGGACUUCGCUAAUGUCAUGGGUCGAAGUUCAGCAGACUCUGCAUUACAUUUUCCUCCUUCCAAGGCCUCUGGUUUUAGCCAAGUACCUCUCGGCUAAAACAUUUUGUCUAAAGUUUGCAUGAGAUUCUUGGCAUCAGCUCUUAAAGCAAAUAUUUAUGUUGUUCUCUGAGAUAAGCCAUUGCAGGUUAUGGUUACAUUGAAAUUAAAGGUUUUUGGCCCAACUGCAAACUUAUCAUUUGUGAAAUGAAUGGUUGGGUUCUCACUGUGGGCCCAGAGAACCUAUGGGGACUCUUUAUGGAAGUACCCAUUUAAUAUGUAUUAAAUGUCUACUAUGCACCCAACAUUGCUAGUUCUUGUAGACCAAAUUCUUAGAGGGAAGGAACUAUAGUUUGUUCCUCUUUACAUUCCCAGUGCCCAGCACAGCACAUAGGCCAUGGUAGGUGCCCAAAAAGGUUGUUUUGAACAAACAAGCAGAGAGAGAGUAGUACCUGCUUUCCAGGGGCUUAUGAUCACUCAAGAUCCAAAGGAAUGCCCUACAAAUGUGCUCCUUCUAGACUGGAAGCACAUUAGGACCUUGAGUAUUUUUAAGCUCACUUCUACUGUGGAAUUUGGCCACUGAAAUAGACUCUGGUUCACAGCCACUUCUUGUACAAAAUGGCAGGGUGUUACCAAACACCUAAAAUUGACUGGGUCUCUGUUUUAACUCUUUGGUGUGUUAAAAUAAUUCUCAUGUUCACAAGAGGAGGAGGAGGUAAAAUGGUUAUGAAUAAUGUUAAUGUUGAGACAGAUAUUGUGUGUAGCCUGGUAAGUAACUAAACAGAAUGAAUGUGACAUGUACUGACAAACUAGCUAUUUGCAGUUGAAAACUGAAGCACAGACAGUUGUGCUUGGAGUUCGGGGUUCUUGAAACUAGAGAAAGGAGUUGACUGGAUUCCAAAAGAAACUGAGAAAUAUGAAUUAUUAAUGGUGCUGUCAGAGUUGUAGUUGACAUCCAUAGAAACCAACUUUAAUGUCAGUGUUUUCAGCUUUAACUUCAAUGUUUUAAGGCUCGUGUAGGGUAUGGAAAAUAUUUACUCUGGCAAUCGCCUGUUUUACUGUUAAAUAAUCUACGUAUUGUUAAGUGAUCUGUUCAUUUGGAUAUUUCCUCUGGGUCUUUUUGGAGAAGGACUUUAGUUCAUCAGAGUUUUUGCUGAUGCAGCAAAGCCAUGGGUGGUAUACUUGUUUGGGGUGCAUUUGCAGACCUUCUCUCUUGGCCACCAACUUCACCUUGCCUGGUCCAGCCACGUGGCUGGUAGUGUAAGGCAUGGUGUUUGUAUCUAGUUGGAGUACAGGGAAGUGUGUGUAAAAACAAUUAGAAGACCAUAGUUCAUUCUGUGAUUCUUACCGAUACGGAGUGCAGAGAAAGGACUAGAGCUGCCAGGGCACUCGGUCUUGAAGUACACUCUGAAAUAACUCUUGAACAUUGGCUUAAUUGGACACAGAGAAGAGAAAGAAGAACAUAGCAGGUGAGGAGAAUAAAUUCCAUGAGGGAAAAAUGUAGGGAUGGGCCUGGUGUUGGAGGAGAAGAUAAGCACAGCAUGUUAAUACCGUCAAGGAGGAGAUGUGAUGAGGCCGCAUGAAGGAGGAACUUAUCACAACCUUCUUGGUUUAGAUUUUUAUUUGGCAUCCAAACUUUGUAUAAUCUCACAAGGGAGAAAUGACCUGAAAGCCUUCUUCUUAAAUCACAGGUUUUACUGCAGCUUUGACUGGGGAGGGUAAAGAGAUUGGAGUAAAAGAGACUUCCUUGGAAGUUUCUGUAAUAAUUCAGAAGUUUGUGUUGACAUCACAGUAGAGUAGUAAGGGUGGAUCGGAGAAACAUGUGAUAGGAACAGACAGGCCUUAGAAGACUGAAAGUGGGGAAGAGUAAUCAAUUCAACACAGCGUUUUAAGGACUUAAUUAUUUCAGAGUAAAUGUUUCUUUGGUAGGAGACUGGAAUCACUGACAGAAAUAGGGCAAUUUAGAAAAAAAGCUCAUUUUUCUGGUUAGGGUGGUGGAAAGUUUUGUUGGCAUUUUCAAGGAAUGGUCUGUUACAUAACAAAUGCCAGCUGAGUACAGUGGCUCAUGCCUGUAAUCCAAGCACUUUGGGAGGCUGAGGUGGGCGGAUCACCUGAGGCCAGGAGUUCGAGACCAGCCUGGCCAACAUGGUGAAACCCCAUCUCUACAAAAAAUACAAAAAUGAGCCGGGCUUGGUGGCAGGCACCUGUAAUCCCACCUCUUUGGGAGGCUGACACGUGAGAAUCGCUUGAACACUGGAGGCAGAGGUUGCAGUGAGCUGGGAUUGCACUGCACUUCAGCCUGGAUGGCAGAGUAAGACUCUGUCUCAAACAAACAAACAAACAAAACCUACAAAUGCCCUCUAAGUGUAGAAAACAUAAGAAGAUGCUUAUGUUAAUUAGGAGAAAAACCAGGAUCUAAACUUGUUAGAUCCUGGUUUUAGAUAUAUAAAGAGUACAUAGGGAAAAACUGUGAGAAUUGUUAAGAGAUUAACUUUGAGAGUAUGGGGGUGUGUGUGUGUGUGUGUGUGUGUGCGCGUUUUAAAGAGACAGGGUCUUGCUGUGUCCCCCAGGCUGCAGUGCAGUGGCAGAACCUUGGCUCACUGCACCCUGAACCUCCUGGAUGCAAGAGAUUCUUCCACCCCAGCCUCCUGAAUAGCUGGGACUACAGGCGUACCAUCAUGCCCAGAUAAUUUUUGUAUUUUUUGUAGAGAUGGGGUCUUGUAAUCUUUCCCAGGCUGGUCUCAAACUCCUGGGCUCAAGUGAUCCUCCAACCUUGGCCUACCAAAGUGCUGGGAUUGUAGGGAUUAACCACUGUGCCUGGCCCAGAGGGGUUUUUGAAUAAUGUUUUCCUACUUCCUAUGGUGUUCUAGCAUCUUAAAAUAAGUAAGUUACCACUACUACAAUGACAAAAACAAUGUUAACAAGACAGGCUAACGAGAUACCCUCUGCUUUUUAGAAUACUCUAUUUCAGAAACUAAUUUUUAUUUCCCCCUACAGUUUGAAAAUCUGAACACAGUUGCUGAGUGUCUGUUUUCUCUGGUCAACGGUGAUGACAUGUUUGCAACCUUUGCCCAAAUCCAGCAGAA